UGUAGAAAAGGGAAAGAGGAGCCGAGGAGGCACGUUUGGAAGAGCAAAAAGGCGAGCACCGCAUCGCCGAGAACGAGAGGCGGGCAAUUCGGGCGUGGGAUUUAGGCGAGCACGGCAGUUUCUCCGGUCGUUAAAGCAGAAUCCCAUCGCAGCAGACAAGCACUAGUAGUUUCGUCCGAUUCUGUGUGCCUCCCUGCGUUUCGAGCGAUGGGGACGCGAGAGGUAGUCCUCGUCCUCUGCCUCCUGGGCGGCGGCAUGGCCGUCGGCGACGCGCAGUCUUCGCCGCCGCUGCCGCAGCAGCAACAGCCGACCCCGUUAGGGCGCACGAUGUCCACGUUCAUCACGGUGGCCAUCAUCGUGUUCUUUUUCUUGCUCUUCUUCUGCGCGUACAUCAACCAGUGCCGCCUCGCCGAUCCCGGCGCGCACGCCGCGGCGGGCGCGGGAGCGGGGGCCGGAGGGCCGUCCAGGAGGGGGAAGCGCGGGCUGGACCCUGCGGUGGUCGCCACGUUCCCAAUCGUGUCUUACAGGGAGGUCGUGGAGCACAAGAUCGGCAAGGGCGUGCUGGAGUGCGCCGUGUGCCUCACGGCGUUCGAGGACGGCGACGACCUCCGCCUGCUGCCGCACUGCUCCCACGCGUUCCACCCGGAGUGCAUCGACCCCUGGCUCCAGGCGCGGGUCACGUGCCCGCUGUGCCGCGCCAACCUUGAGAAGCCGGCGUCGCCGGAGCAGGCGGCGCAGCGCCAGCCUUCGCCGCCGCCGGAGGCCGUGGCGAUACCGGUACAGGAGGAUGAGGAGGAGGACAGCGAUGAGGAUGAUCGAAAGGAGGAAGUCAUGGAGCUCGAGAUGCUGCGCAGCGCGCGGCAGGCGGCGAGGCUGCCGAGGUCGCACUCGACGGGGCACUCACUUUUCGCGGCGGCGGCAGCCGCCGCGAAGGAGGGCGACCACGAGCGAUUCACGCUGCGGCUUCCGCAGCACGUGAGGGAGGAAGUGCUCAGGUCUCGCCGCCUGCGGCACGCCACGAGCCUAAUCAACCUCUCGGACAUGAGCUCCGACGGGAGCUCGAGAGGUGGACGGCGCGUAGGAGGAGGAGGAAGCUUCGGAAACGGUGGAGGCGGCGGGAGCAGCCACGGCGGGCGACGGUGGCAGGCGUUCCUGGUUAGGACGGUGUCGUGGGCGCGAGGCGGAGGCGACGGCUCGGUGCGGAAGGGACGGGACGUGUCGACGCGGAGGGGAAGGGACGGCGGCGAGUCGAGCAGAAAGGGCGCGGCCUCGCCACCGGCGGCGGGGCGGCCGUGAUCACCUCGAUCCGGCGGCGCCACCAUGGCUGGAAUGCUUGGCUGUAAAAUUUGACAAGUUGUGCUUAUUUUCUUUUCUUUUCUUAGGAAUAUUUCGUGAUAGCGACCUGAAUUUUCUAGCUACUUUAUAGCUUUUACUUUUGCAAAGCAAAAUUGAUUUGGCCUGUAGAUUAUGUGGAAUUGAUAAUUGACAAAGAGAGAAGAACUCGAGAACCAUGGGGGUUCUCACUUCUCUUUGGUUUUC